CCAUCUACCGAAGGAAGUUAAACUAAAAGAUCAAGGAAAAAAUGGUUGAAAGAAGGAAAAGUCUACUUCUUACUUACAUCCUGUGGAUCUUAUGGGGCUGGCUUGGAGUUCAUCAUUUUUAUUUAGGCCGAGAUAUCCAAGCAUUCGUUUGGUGGUCCACAGUUGGUGGUGUUUUUGGGUUGGGAUGGUUUCGAGAUCUUUGGCGCAUUCCAGAAUAUGUAGAAGAUGCUAAUCUGAGUCCUUCUCAAGUCGAGGAGAUGAAAAGAAAGAUCAAAAGCGGUCGAGAACCUAUUUUUAGUGUCACACGUUUUGCUGGACAAAUGCUCGUUGGGUAUUUUUAUGGCAUUUUGACUCGAUUAGCCAUCCCAGACUCAGUUUCCAAGUGGAGUGUUGGAAUCUUAGUUCCUUUAGCUGUUGCUGUUGGUGUUUACUUGGUCGGUAACAUUGGACGAGAAAGAGGAGACUUUAAGUAUGCUUUUAUAGGAUGCUUAGUAAGCUAUGGUGUAUUAACCUAUCUUACUGCAGACGAACCAGGGAACAUGUACGUGGCCUUGUUUGGAACAAUCUACUUUCAGAAUAAAAGAGAAUUUAAGAAAGAAGUACAGCCUUCGAGCAAGGGAUUCUGCAAACGGUUACAAAUAUUAGGAUUCGGUGCUUUGGUGAUAUGUCUUUUAUGGGCUUCUUUCUUCUAUUUCAACGCUGAAGUCACAACAGAAGACGGCGAAACUAUCAAGUUAAGAGAUGCUGUAAACCACUUCUUCAAUUCCCCUGUGUGGUUGGAGUUUAAGGAUGUUUUGAAACAACUAUAUGAUGAAGGACAGAAAAAUGGUUGGGAUAAACUAUACGAUGAUUUCGUGAAAGCUUUAGAUCCAAGAGGAGAACAGAACGCAUAUCGUGUGUUAGGGGUGACUGAAAAUGCCACUCAAAAAGAAAUCAAACAGCGCUACAAAAAACUUGCAAUGAAAUGGCAUCCAGAUAGGAAUAGAGACAACAAAGAGGAAGCCCAAAAGAGGUUUAUGGAGAUCCAAGAAGCUUAUGAGAUUUUAUCAAAAUUAAAAUCCAGAAGAGCCAAUAAGAACUCAGAAUCACAGUCUGAUUACAAUGCUGAGAGACAUAGAACUGAGUUUUGAUACAAGAAAUGUACUGUAGAUUUCAUUCAAUGCACCCAUACAGUAAUUACAUAUCAUAUUUUGCAUAAUGAUCAUGAAGGGACAAAGGAAAAACAAUUGUUUGCUCAGCAACAGGUGACAAAAUUCAUUUAGUUGAUCUCACAGCUACACAAUCAAAGCUGUGUUUUUUAACUUCAGGGUCUCUAGUCACUAGGGCUGAACUGGAUUGAUAUGUUUUUAUUACUUGGGCUAUAUUACAAUGCUCAUUACAGCCAUACACAUACACAUAAAAACAUCUGAGACAGAUCAGCACGCUGCAAAUCGUAAUAUAUUCACAGCCAAACAACAAAGUUUCCUUAAAUUGGAAUAUGAAGCACGACCUUUGAGUUAGAAAUGUGAUUUUUCAUAUUUUAGCCAGAAAACAUAAAAACACACAAAUUCCAUUUAGUCUCAGAUUACCCAUUUCAGAUCUUGGACUGACAACAUCCCCUCCCCAGGCCUGAUACUCAGGACAAUAUUUCAUGAAAUAGUUGUAGACGUGUACAGCUUUCGUGUGAUUUUGUUAGUGAUUUUUGUCUUCACCAUUUCUUAUGUUUUGGCUUCCCUCCGUGGAUAAAAUUUACAUUGAUAUUUAUUAGUGAUUUUUUGAGUUUUUAUAACAUUACGUCAACAUUUUAAAAAUGGUUCUACAAUUCCCUUUUUUAAGACCAAAUGUUUCAUGGCCUUUAAAUGGAAAUGUAUGUUAAUCCAUUCAUACUACAUUAUACACAGGUUCUUAAUUUUUAUGUUUCAUAUACAGCAAGCAUUUUCACUUGACGUCAUAGUUGCCAUAUUGGAGUAAACAAACAAUACAUUUUCUAUCCUCUGGGAAUAGAACUCUAUUUUCAUGCAAAAACUGUGAAGAUAGUUUUUAUUAUUUGGUACACCAAUAUGGCUGCCUUGUCAUGUGAGUGAAAACGUUCUAUUUGUAGAGUGAUUUUAAUUGUCGCAUGAAAGGCUAGCACUAAUUCCAUUGUUUUCAUUUUACUUUGAUAUUACUCACUCGCUUGUUAUAUGGGCCAAAUAAAAUCCCUUCAAAACACUAA